UUUAGAUUUUGGGCACCAUAAGCAGCAUGCCCAGAAAAUAAUGCUCGGUUGUGUUUACUGCAUUGUGCAUACAAGGAGAUACUAUAGUAAAGGAUGCAACCACAUACACUAUUACCUGCACAAAGCAUGGACUUUAGACAUCAUGAACUAGCAUCAUAAAUGAGUCAUAGACACUGUAAUCUAGACAGCACAAGCAGGUUCAGUUACAGUUGGGAACAUGCAUCCUGCACCUAGUCUCGACAUCCUUCUUCAGCCACCAACCUGUGUUUAACCCACCUGCACCUUCAAAUAAUUCACUUUUUUCUGCUGUUUUACUUAACCCAGCCAUGAUUGGGAAGCACUGAGGCACCUCAGCACACUGCCCUCGGUCGGUUAGAGAUCCUCACUGCACGCGGGGAGAGGAGUAUAGCAGCGCUCUCUGGCUCCUCUCAUCUCAUUCUCUAGAAGAUGGCGGACUGCGCUUCACUGUUAGACGAGGAGCUCUCUUCAUUUGUCUUCAAUUACUUGACUGAAAACUCCGGCAGCCCGUAUGGGGAAGAGGAGGUCUGCUCAGACCGCCUGGAUGCUGACUUCCCUGACUUUGACCUCUCGCAGCUGGACGCCAGUGAUUUUGACUCGGUGAACUGCCUCAGUGAGCUGCAUUGGUGCAACGAGCACUCAGAUCACUCCCCUGCCUCCAUACAGUACAGCGGUGGAGACCCAGAGCUAUUCGAGGAAGAAAAUGCGGCACUGCUCGCUGCCCUCACAGACAGCCUGGACGGCAUUGUUGAGGACGGAGUCGGGGGUCUGUCUGUGUUCCCUUCGCUGGGGGACGACCCUGAGGAGGGCGAGGAGGAGGAAGAUGACCUCCCUUUGGACAGUGAGCCCCUACUUGGCUCAGUGAGCCCAGAGACAGAAGACCCAUCUCUACUUAAAAAGCUCCUGUUGUCGCCCCCUAAUGUGCCUGCGGGCCUCGAUUCGCACAAAGACGUGCAUCGCCAUAGCAGCAGGAGCCAGCACGUCAAACCCGUGAGGCCCGUGCUAAAGAAGGACAAAUCAAGCACACAGGAGCGCAAGCCACGGCCGGCGAGGCCCUCCGGUCGUCUUUGCACUGAACUCCACCGCCACCUCACCACCGCGCAGGAGGCUGAGGAAGAGGAGGAGGAGGAAGAUGAAGAGGACAGUGAGUCGGAGGAGGAAGAGGAGGAGUCGUCCGGCAGCGAGGGCGAGAGCAUGGUGUGUGUCGAGCCGGCGAAGCCCCAGUUCUCCUCGGAGAAAGAACUGCACUCUGUAGUGGAGCUCAUCAAAUACAUGCACACGUACUGCCUGCCCAUACGCAAACAGGCCAGCUGGGAUCGCAAAGAGCGUAAGGCCAAGCCCGAGAGCUCGCAGGUCCCCCGCAGCCUUCCUGUGAACCCUCCGAAACCGGCUCCCCAGACCAGGCCGAGGGCUCCUUUCACUCGCCGCAGGGAAAUCAAAGCCCACUCCCUGCUGAAGGAGCUGCUAGAGGCCGUCAGCUCCUUUGACGUAAGCAAGCCUUACAGAAUGCACAGCCCCCCUUAUAUCCACUGCAGAGGGGCCAUGGCUCGGCUCGGCGCUGACCUUUCUUCCUCCCCCAAAGCCGAACCGAAAGACUCGGACUGUGAGAGCUCGCAGAAGAGCCCCGAGCCGGAGGAAGGCUCCUUUUCGGUCAGGCGUUCUCGCCGGCUGGCCUCCUUCCCCAGCCGCUUCGCUAAGAGAGUGCGUGUGAACUGCGGCCAGUCAGAGCCUAGUGUUGGGCAAUCGAGCGAAGAAGAGAACGCGGUCAAACAUCCUCCCGCUGAGCCUCCUUCUGAUAUAAGCCAGAAGAGCAGCUCCCACAAGGCGUCUGAAGCCCGUAACCCCUGCUACAGUGAUGAGAAACGCUCCUGCCUCUGUCUGCCGCUGGCAUCCAAAUCCAACGGGUGUGUGUUCCAUUCAUAUCUAAUCUGUUCUUGAGCC